AUGGUUUAUGCUUAUGAAGAACCAUUAGCGAAACUAUGGAACGUAAGUUAUAGUAUGUUACCCACGCUAUUGGGUUACGAAAAAAAUUUAAUGAAAGUAGAUGAACGCCUACUUGAAUUACUAGAACAAGAUGAAUAUUUCACAAGUAUAGGUGGGACUUUCAUAGACGUACCGGGGAAUAAAUUACAUAUUAAUGUAUUAAGUGAUGCUAUUGAUGUGGUUAAACAUAAUUUAGAAUCGAAAUUUCAACAAGAUAGUCAUUUAUUUGUUUUUAAACCAGUAAAAAAUUCCAUAGCAGCAUUAGUACAUACUUUUGGACAAAUAUUAAAUAUAACUAAAAGACUUAAACCUUUGGUUAUUACUUGUUACAUUUCUGCAGAAUCUAAUUAUGUCUUUUUAAAAUCAUACCAACAAUAUGAUGAACAAAAUAGAGGGUUUUUCGAUGCCAUCAGACAAAUUAGUCAAUAUAACGAAACUGUAAAACAUCAUAAUGUUCCUAGCAUACCUAAUACUCAACCUUCUUUUGUUGAAACAAAUAAUAUGGAGAUAGAUGCUAUAGGUACUCGAAUCCUGGCUGGAGAUGGAGUAUAUAAUAAAGACCUCCAGGGGAGAUGUUCAUUGGGUUUUUGGGCAAAAUCCAAAGACUUAAAAUCCACUUACAUUGUAACUUCAGGACAUUGCUCUACCAACGAAAGUCAAUCGUUUUACCAUUGUAAAUGGAAUGAAAAUGUGUGUGUCGAUUUAAUUGGGUCUAUGAAAUUUAAACGUAGCUAUCCGCUCGACGCUGGAUUAAUCUCAAUAGAUAAUAAGAAGAUUAUAGAACUUUUCGAUACAGUAGUGGCUAUAAAUAACGUUGAUUCUGAACAAAAUGAUGAGUUGACUGUUUAUGAUGGCACAGAGUCAUCCAGUAAUGGUGCUCAUAUAUGUAAGUCUGGAUACGCUACACAUGUUACUUGUGGAAAAAUAAUUGCGUUCAAUGGAUUUUUCAUUAAUAAGGAACAAUUAUUAGCAUAUCCAUUAACCUUUUCAACCGCAAAAAGUGGGGUUUCUGACAGUGGAGGGCCUGUAUUUUCUUAUAAACCAGAUUUGAAACAA